AUGUCUUCCUUGCGACCGCGCGUCAUACCAUGCAUCACCACGAUGUUUUUUCUCUGGAUGUAUGUCUCCGCCUCGCCAACAUGCCCAGGUAACAAUAUAACCAUCCGGGAUUCAGUAACGAGGCAUAUUCAGUGCCAGAAAUGCCUCGUAUGUCCAGCGGGGCAGGGUCUCUCUGUGGACUGUGGUGAUGUAAUUACACCACAGACAGCCAUAGUUUGUAAGCCGUGUGAACAAGGGAUGACUUAUUCAUCCAAAAGCGAGGCUGGUGCAUGCAAGACUUGUACGAAUUGUGGAGAAUAUCGAGAGACCAUAAAAUCUUGUAGUCUGACUUCUAAUGCAGUGUGUGGGAAGAACUGCAAGCUUGGAACUUACCCGGAAGGUAUGCUCAGCACGUGUAGACCAUGUUCAGCUUGUUGUAACGACGGAAACGACAUCUUCGAGCCACAAUGCCAAGUGCCAAGGGUGCCAAAAAAUAAACAAUGCAGUGAGCUGAGAUCAGAGAAGUGCAGCAAGAAGAUAGCUUCUGCAAGAGUCAACACAACGGUGGAGGGGAAUCACCCAGCUUCAUCACCAUCAACCCACACAGGAUUACGAAUGUCCCCCCCGGUCACAAGGCGCGCUGCACAGGAUUCAGCCUCCACAAACGAUGUCUCUCUAUCAAAUGGUGCGAUAAUUGGUGUUGUAGUUGGCGUUGUAUUUGUGGUUUUGAUCCUGCCAACGGUUAUCUAUAUCGUAAAAACAAGGCGCAAAUGGCAACCAUGUGAAAAGGCUGAUGAUAAGGAUCGGGAAAUGCAACAUGCCACGGAGGCCAAAGAAGAAAGUGGUGAAUGUAAUAGAAAAGAAGAGCGUGACGAAGCAGGGUCUCUGGAGCCUCGCAUAGGAGGGGUGGAGGAAACAGGACAACCGGGUCCACAUAGCAGUUCAGCUUUAGACCGCAAGCCACUGGAUUCCACUCAAGGAUCACACCUGUAGCCUGAAGCCCAAUGUCAACCAAUGAUUUGAGGAACUGGUCAUUAUUUAUCGCCUGAGGAAGAGGGGUCGGGGGACUUUGGUUGUCGGUCGACAUGAAGUUUACCUGAUCCCCCCCAAAAAAUCCUCUGAUCCCACUAACAUUCAGGCGAUGAAGAGUGACUGGUCUGUAACGUCAAACGUCAGAAUUAAAAGAAAGAAAAUUAAAUUGAUUUUGUAAUA